AUGGCUCGCGUGUAUGAUGUGACCAAGGGGAAGGAUUACUAUGGCCCUGGGGGUGGAUAUGCGUUUUUCAGUGGUCGAGAUGGAUCUAGAGCAUUUGUUAGCGGUCAGUUUGACGAGGCAGGACUUAUUGAUGACGUCAGAGGACUCUCUAGCUCGGACUAUCUGGGACUAAAGCAAUGGGAAGAGUUCUAUGCUAAGGAUUACAAGAAGGUUGGAUUAUUGGAGGGAAGGUUUUACAAUAAACAAGGAGAAGUUACAGAAGAAUGGAAACAAUUACAGAGAGAUAUUUCCGCAGCUGUGAAGGAACAGGAUACACAAGACUCGGAGAAAAAGGUCUUUCCACCCUGUAAUGUAGAGUGGACCAAGGAGAAAGGGACAAGGUUCUGGUGUACAGCUAAAUCUGGUGGUAUAGCUAGGACCUGGAUAGGGGUUCCUAGAAAAUUGUUCUAUCCCGGCAGGGAUGAGAGGUGCGCAUGUGUACGGGAUACAGGGUCCCCCUCAACUGAUCCAGGGGCAUCUUCAAACAGGGGGGACCUUGACAACCCCCAUCUCAAACAAUAUCAAGAUUGUCCCCCGGACAGCUUCGAAUGUUGGAACAAAGCGAAAUAAAUGAUAAAUAUCAAGUCUGGCCCCUUCAGGCUACACACAUGGGCCUACAACUAGUAGCUUGAAAAUUUUGAAAUUUAAUCAAAGCUGAUAUUCUGUUUCUUCUCUCAUUUAUAUUUUACAAUUUUGAUUAUUGUUAAUAAAAUUACUGAUACCUAAUAGAUACUAGCAAUGUCAUAAAAAA